AUGAACUCCCACACGUUUGUUGAUGCCUCUUCAAGAGUGGGAAGGCUGAGGAGUGAGGAUUAUGAACUACAUAUCCGCCAAGGGCCUGAACGUGCUCGGGUUGCUGGUGUGAAGGAGAAAGAUCGUAAGCCGGUCGAUCCUCCGCCGAUAAUUCAGUUGAAAAUUCGAGAUGAUUCAGAUCCAGCACAGAAUUACCUCCAGAGUCCUUACUAUUUCAUGUGCACGAAUCUUUAUAGUUCUGUCCAUGACUCCCCAUCUCCAAUACCACCACACCAAGCGUUAGCUGGCACAUUGGUAUCCUCCCUUCACCGAUUAAAGGAUAUCGACAAUAGCGAUGGUGGGUUUUUUGUCUUUGGCGAUCUGUCAGUUAAAAUCGAGGGGGAGUUCCGUCUGAGGUUUAGUCUCUUUGAGAUGUUGAAAAAUGAAGUAGUUCAUAUCAAGUCGAUCACUUCAGAACCGUUUACAGUCUAUGCGGCCAAAAACUUUCCAGGAAUGUCUGAAUCUACGUUCCUGUCUCGCUCAUUCGGAGAUCAGGGAGUCCGAUUGCGUAUUAGGAAGGAGCCAAGAACUCUGUUAAAACGGCCACCUUCUGGAAUAGGAUCCGUGGAAUAUCCGCCGCGCCCACCAUACCCUACCUUGCCUCCAGAAUCAAGACCCCAAGGAUAUCCACCACAGAGUGGAUAUAUGACCUCUCCAAGCCAUGAAUACCCACCUGUUUAUGGCGAUCAGGGGAAACGACGGAGGACUGAUGUUAUGAGCCCGCGGGAUAGUCGGGGGGAACCUCAAUAUGCGCCUCGUCCAUACGACCAACCGCAAUACCCCAUGUAUCCACCCUCAUCUCAAUCUGGGCAAUAUUCGGCAUACCCCAAUUACCCACCGCCGCAAAAUUCAUAUGCACCCCCACCUCCACCUGAAUAUAGUGGAUACCGUCAGCCACCACCACCCCCACCACCGCCACCACCACCGACGCACUCGCAUUCCUCGUCGACCUCCUCACCAUACCAGUCUCCGAGGACUUCUCAAUACCCACUGCACCGUUCACCUCUGCCUCACAAUCAAUCCGCCCCCCAAAGUCAAUACCAAUACCCACCUGGUCCUCCACAGACACAACUCCAGCAUGGCCAACAGCCGCCUUCUCGGCCGCAAAUCGGGACCUUGAUUAGGUCUCCCGUGCCAACAUCAGGGAUACCUCCCCCACACCCGAGAUCUCAACAGGUCCAGCACCCUUCUCAUUUGAGCUCAACCGCAUCUCCUGCCUCAUCGAUGCCUAUGGCUCCGCCACCAGCGUCGCCUCAUCGUCAGCCCCAAGGGAGUCAGGUGUAUCUGCCCCCUUUGCAGUUGCCGCCGAUGACAUCCGGCCCGCAGCAGUCUUCGGUGGUGUCACAUAAUGCCAUGCCGCCGAUGUUAACUCAACAGUCUGGUUACGGUCGAAGCGAGGGAGAUAAAAAAAGAAAGAGAGCUUUUGAAUAA